UGGGGAAAUAAGGGAUGAAAAAUUUUAAGGUUCCUUAUUAGCACUGUUUAGUACAAGGAUCCUCUGGAAAUAAUUUUACAAUUCAUCGUUCCUAUUUUAGAGUUUUAAUAAGAAAUAUCAAACAUAUUUUUCCACAUACAUGAUGACUAAUAUCAUUAUGCAUAUUAUACUAUAUAGAAAUAGUGCAAUCGUUUGUCUUUUAACACACCUUUACAAACUUUCAGACGUAACGACGGACGUAAUUAAAUACAAUGAUAAACAUGCCUCACGUUUCCUACUUCAAGUAACAGAGAAUGACACAGAAAGUGUAACUGAGUUUGAAACAACUGAAAGUGUAACUGAGUUUGAAACAACUGAAAGUGGAACUGCGUCUGAAGGAACUGAAAGUGAAACUGAGUCUGAAGGAACUGAAAGUGGAACUACGUCUGAAGGAACUGAAAGUGGAACUGAGUCUAAAAGAACUGAAAGUGGAACUGCGUCUGAAGGAACUGAAAGUGGAACUGCGCCUGAAGGAACUGAAAGUGGAACUGCGUCUGAAGGAACUGAAAGUGGAACUGCGUCUGCGGGAACUGAAAGUGGAACUGCGUCUGAAGGAAAUGAAAGUGAAACUGAGUGUGAAGGAACUGAAAGUGGAACUGCGUCUGAAGGAACUGAAAGUGGAACUGCGUCUGAAGGAACUGAAAGUGGAACUGCGUCUGAAGGAACUGAAAGUGGAACUGAGUCUGAAGGAACUGAAAGUGGAACUGAGUCUGAAAGUGGAACUGCGUCUGAAGGA